AUGGGCUUCCUGAGCGGUGUCUCAUUCUCCAUAUUCAAAAAGUGUCCGAACCUUUACUUUAAAAGAAGGAUCCACGUGCGGAAAAGACGCACCAGUGAGGGGCCGGGCGCCGGUGCUCGAGUGCUGCGGUCUACGCCCGACUGGACGGACACAGCCAUCAGCGGCGAGCAUCUCUGGUCGCCUACUUCCGUAUCAGGGGACUAUUGCUACAUCGGUGAUAAUGAGUGCCAGAAACAUGGAUCUCGCAUGAAAUGUUCUGCGUGCAAGAUUGUCGCUCACACAGCAUGUAUCGACAUCCUUAUGGACAGGAUGCAGUUUACUUGCAAACCAACAUUCCGUGAUGUGGGCGUACGUCAAUAUCGUGAACAGACCCUCACACAUCAUCACUGGGUUCAUAGACGAUCGGAAAAGGGCAAGUGUAAAGCUUGCGGCAAGUCACUACAAGCGAAGUUAUCCUUCAGCUCGAAAGAAAUUGUAGCAUUAAGUUGCUCAUGGUGCAAAGGUGCAUAUCACAAUAAAGAAAGCUGUUUUAAUCUGCAAAGAAUAGGAGAAGAAUGCUCACUAGGUUCUCAAUCUAAUAUAAUCGUUCCACCAUCAUGGAUUGUAAAACUACCACGACGGGGUAGUUUUAAAUCAUCAUUAAGGAAAUCGCCUAAAAAGAAAAACGUUUCAAAGAAAAAAGCAAAGGAUUCGAAAAGUGAAAAUAAGCCGUUUGUUAUAAAACCAAUACCUACGUCAAAUGUCAAACCAGUCCUUGUCUUCAUAAACCCAAAAAGUGGAGGAAACCAAGGUGUUAAACUAUUACAGAAAUUUCAAUGGCUGCUGAAUCCUCGACAGGUCUUUGAUCUUACUCAAGGAGGACCAGGGCCAGGGUUAGAGAUGUUCCGUAAAGUCCCAAAUCUGCGUGUGUUGGCUUGUGGAGGAGACGGAACGGUGGGCUGGGUCCUGAGCGUGCUAGACCGAAUCGGUUCGCGGCCGGCAGUUGGUGUUUUACCACUAGGAACCGGCAAUGACCUUGCUAGAGCACUCGGUUGGGGUGGGGGCUAUGAAGAUGAGCCGAUAUCAAAAAUAUUGGCAGAUAUUGGGGAAAGUGAUACGGUGCUACUAGACAGGUGGCAACUAACAGUAAAGCCAAAUGAAGACGCGUCUGGCGAGGAUACCAGUAACGCAAAACCUGAACUACCCCUGAAUGUAGUUAAUAACUACUUCUCUUUUGGUGUCGAUGCUCACAUUGCUCUCGAAUUUCACGAAGCUAGAGAGGCUCACCCUGAAAAGUUUAAUUCUCGAAUAAGAAACAAAUUGUUCUAUGGGACUGCUGGUGGUAAGGAUCUAAUGCAGCGCAAGUGGAAGGGUCUGGCAGAGUUCGUAACUAUGGAAUGUGAUGGAAAAGAUCUUACUCACGUACUUCGUGAACAUAAAGUGCAUGCUAUCGUGUUCUUAAAUAUACCAAGCUACGGUGGUGGAACACAUCCUUGGAAUAAAUCAGGAGGCGCACAUGAACCAUCUACGGAAGAUGGCCUGAUAGAAGUCGUAGGCUUAACAACGUAUCAAUUGCCUUUAUUACAAGCUGGGGGCCAUGGUACAUGUAUAACACAGUGUAAAACGGCAAAGAUUGUUACGACAAAAGUAAUACCAAUGCAAGUCGAUGGUGAAGCUUGUCGUUUAGCUCCUUCAGUUAUCACUUUAUCAAUACUUAAUCAAGCUAUUAUGCUGGCGAAGCGUAAACCUGGACGUGUUCUAGCGCCUCAAACGACGUUGGACAAGCUUACACUCACUGUGAAUCUCAUAAAAAUGGCAGAUUACGAAAGGCAUCAUUAUGACAAAGAAUUGCUCGCAAAUACAGCGGAACGAAUUGGUACUUUGGAAGUUAAUCCCUCGGCUGACUUGGAGCAAAUGCGAACUCUCAUUCAAAAUAUGAUCAAAGAAUCUCAAGCAUACUCAAACUUUGUCGAAUGGUGGUUUGUUGACUCUGUAACAGCAGAACGUUUCUUUCGAAUUGACAAGGCUCAGGAGAAUCUCCAUUACGCUACGGAUAUUGGACACGAGAACAUUUACAUUUUGGAUGCUGCACCACAAACGCCUGACACCGAAACAACUGUUCACCCAGAAACCACGGCCACACCGUCCUUCGACCGUACCGGUCCAUCAGUUUCUCUCGACACCACAACAGGACUUUCCGUAUCAUUGGAUAUAUCUCAAAGCGUCGAUACGCCGAGUGCUGGUGUUUCUCUGGAUGUACCUGAAUCGCAUGCGAGUGAAUCCGGCUUGGGCAGUCCAGCCAGAACAUCAGAAGAGCUACAUACCCCUCAAACCCCUCCAUCUGCUGCUGCUACUGCUCCAUCUUCGCCGGCACUUACAGCUCCGAAGAUAUCCAUAUCGGCUUCUUCAAAAGGGCCAGUUUCGCGAUCGAUCACUCCCAAAUUAUACGCACAGGAAUUGAACUCUCCCCCUUUGUGUACCAGUCCACCUGCGAAAGAAAACGAAGCAACUCACGAUUCUGUAGCAAGAUUUAAGACCAUUCACGAAAAACUGUUUGGACUUGAUCAAGAAGUGUUUGACUAUAGAAAUUUAUUAGAAAAGACGUCUGAUGCUCUUCUCAAGGCCGCUAAAACAAACGAUUUAAAAACGGUAAAGGAUCUUCAUGCGGCGGGUUAUUCUCUUCUGUCGAUUGACGCAAGUGGCCAAACCGCGCUACAUAUUGCCGCACGACACGGAAACAAGGAAAUAGUGAAAUACCUUAUCGCAUGUGCACCAACGUCUAUAUUAAAUAUGCGUGACAACGAGCGCGGACAAACAGCCUUGCACAUGGCAGCGGCAAAUAAAAAACGAGCAGUAUGCUGUAUGCUUGUUGCUGGAGGUGCUUCCUUAACGCGACAAGACCAUGCGGGUCUUACGCCGAGAUCUCUUGCACUUCGCGCCGAAGACCACGAUUUAGCGGCCUAUUUAGAAAGCCAAGAGCAUUUUCAACUAGUUUCGGAAGAUUUGGAAACGGCUGUUUGA